AUGUCAUCACAGCAACCACCUCAUCCAUUGCAUCCCCUCCUAUCUGACAAACUCAUCAAAACAGCAUACGAGAUCGCAGCGUACUACCAAGCCUUUCCAAACCAGACCAAAUCUCGCGAUCUUGAGACCCGUCUGGGCUAUAUCACCAAGCACUACCCUGACCCACUGCCGCAACGACUUACGUCAGAAGAAUCAGGCAGAACAAGAGCUACCUCAGAGCCGGUUGAGCUGCAGUACCCAGAAGCUUGGCUACACUCACUAAGAACCUUCCAGACAGCACUGAGGCAUUUCCUUGCCAGAACCAACAAUAUCACUGCUGUCAAGCCUGAAGCUGCAGCUGCACAGACACCUGAGGCCCGCCAACCGUGGCAUAACAUCCCAAAAGGGAAGGUACCCACGGCAACUAACUUCCAACCAACCUUCGGAGGAAAGCGCUCUUUCUUCCAAGCAGAACCUGGCUUCGACCCAAGCUCCGACGUCCAGCCUAGCGUUGUGAGUGCUGGUGCAUCACCAUCCACACCUGACCCAAUCCAAGGCUCUUUUACAUCAUGUCGUUCCCCCACAGUUGAAACGCAGCGAUCCGAGGACGACGACGCCACUUCAGGCGAAUUACCAUUAGGGCCUGACUCACCCUUCAACCCACGUAAGACCAUCCGGCCUGGGCAGGCAUCACCACCCAGAAUGGCAGACGCCACUACAGGACCAUCCGGCAAGCAGCGGGCACAUACCGCCGACACAGAGGAAGUCCAAGAGAUGCUAUUUUCUCCUGCCCAACUCCAAGCAUUGCAACAUAUUGUGCAGCAGGCCGUACAAACAUCCAUCGCGUCGAUGAACACACCCGCAGCACGUACCAGAACGCCAGCUGUUGACACCACCGCGGAGCGUACUACCCCAAUGACUACGAUAAGUGCUGCACCAACGAACGGCAGCCACUGGCGGCCAGCCGAUAUUGGAUAUUUCUUCCCGGAUAUGCCAUACUCCUGGGGAUAUGGUGAUACGAUCGACAAAGACGAUAAAACCUAUUAUCGGUCUGCCUACGCCUUCACUAAUCGGCUACGUGUUGCAGCAAGAUCAAGGGACGUUACUAAACUAUGUCAAAAUUUGGACACAUGCCUUCGAGGCGAAGCUGCAAAAUGGUGGAAUAACGAAAUUGACCCUAUCAUGCAGACUGGUCUCAUUCAUUCCCUUAAUAUCGAAGAUUGGUGUAAGCAAAUCGAAAAGCGGGUAAUCAGGGACGACUCGGGUCGGUUGUGCCAAAGGUAA